GUAGAAUUUUCCCAGAUUGGAAUACAAGCCUAGUUUAGUAGAAAAACCCCGAUUUUACUAUUUUAAUUAUUGUAACAGAUUGUUUUACUUUUUCGCAUCUAGUCCCGGACGAUCGGACCACUCUAUGGAGUGAUAUGGUCUGUGAGUGACAGUUUCUUUCGAGUUCGAUAGGUACUUGUCAUUUUGAUCUGCUGGUCUAAAAGACGGAAGGAAAGUUCUCCAACUUAUCACUUAUGAUUGAGGUUGUUGGUGGUAGUACGCGACAUUUUAUGCAAAACUGCUCUGGUAACGCACAAGUUUCUUCAUCCGCGAUCGCACCAACUCGCCACAGCUUGAGAGGAGGCAGGGAAAGGAAAUAACCAAUUAAAUUAUCCUCUCCUGGAGUAUGGGUGAUAAGUAUGGAAACAGUCAGGGCACUGCUGCUUAUACGCCACUCCUGAACCAUCCCUCGCUUCCUGCAGGAGGGGGCAACAAUGAUUACACUACAGGUUAUCAAUCUGGCCUCCCAGCUGGAUACGUCAACAGUGAAGAUGAGGGGUAUGGCGCAGCUGGAUCGGUGCCCCAGCCGGAAAUUGCCAUUAUUGGUGGAUGUCCAGCAUGCCGUGUUGGGGUGCUCGAUGAUCACUACACCUGCUCCGGAAUUUUGUGUGCGAUUUUUCUUUUCCCCCUGGGCAUCUUGUGCUGUCUAGCGACCCGCCAACGUCGUUGCUCAAACUGUGGUGCUGUAUUCGGGUGAAACUGGCGCGAGAAUGCACUCGAGAAGAGUUUGGACGUCGAGGGGAAUGUUUUCUGCAGAGUGUGUUUUGAUUCGUUCCGAGCCAGUUUUUCUGAUUAUCCCAAUUGGUUUCUGACACGUGGUUAUAUACCGGCCGUUUUACACAAUUCGUGAUUCUGUAGAUUUGUUCAGUAUUUUGGGCUUUCACAGAUCUGGGCAGGCAGUAGCUCGUUCGCUAAGCCCCUGACCUGGUCCGCUUAUUUUUUCCGUGUUCCUAGUUGUUUCCCUUUUAAAUGUGCUCUUGACGCUUGGGGUAGUUUUUUUUCGGCUGUCCAACAAAACAGGCGUUAUGA